CUUAUUUCCUCUCCAGCUCUCGGGCGUGGCUGCAAUGCCGCGAUGCGUUCUUUUCUCCCCUUACUCUUCUUCAAUUACCUCAUAGCCUUCGCCUCUGCAGCUUCAGACUACUACGAGCGCCUCCUCCUCCGCCCCCUUCCCCGAUCUGCCCUUCUUGCCUCGUUCAAUUUCCGCAGCAACGAGUCCUCGGCCUCUUUUGACCAGCAACACUUCAGAUACUUCCCGCGGUCGUUGGGCCAGAUCUUGCAGCAUGCGGGAACCAAGGAACUGCAUCUGCGCUUCAGCUUAGGGCGGUGGGAUGCUGAGAGCUGGGGACAGCAGCCCUGGGAUGGCGCGCGCGAAGGAGGCACGGGAGUGGAAUUAUGGGCGUGGCUGGAAGCACUGAGUGAGGAAGAGGCCUUUGCGCGAUGGCUAACCCUCACCAAUGCUCUCUCAGGCCUUUUCUGCGCCUCCUUGAACUUCAUAGAUGCUACCAAGACUAUCCGACCAGUCAUGUCAUUCCAGCCCGAAGGAGACCACCAUAACUCGUCCAGUCUACACUUAUUGCAUGGAACGCUUCCACACGAAGUCGUGUGUACGGAGAACCUGACGCCUUUCCUGAAGCUGCUCCCUUGCAAGGGCAAGGCAGGCAUAUCCAGUCUGCUGGAUGGUCACAAGCUAUUCGAUGCUUCGUGGCAAACCAUGGCAAUUGACGUGCGGCCCAUAUGCGGACAGGAUGGGACGCAUUGUGUGUUGGAAAUGGAGCAGACAGUGGACAUGGUGCUGGAUAUUGACAGAUCGAAGCGCCCGCGGGACAACCCCAUUCCCCGACCUCUCCCGAUCGAGGAAAUCGCUUGCGACACCUCGAAGCAUUAUAAUGCAGAAGACACAUGCUAUCCCCUGGAUAAAUCCGCAGAACCGCCAUGGAAUCUCACAGACAUAUUUGGCAGAUCUUUGAAAGGAGCCUGCCCCCUGACCGAUGAAGAUGGAGAAGGCGCCAAAACGGUUUGCAUCAACACGCCUCCUGAAAGGAUUAUACAGGCCAACACAACCGGGCAAUAUGUCGAAACCCGGCUUGCUUCGGACACAGUGCGAUGCUAUAAGCUCCCAACAGGUGCCGAUUUCGACAUCGACCUUCCUGAACAACAAAUGACUACUGGCCUCGUCCUUGCAAGCCCUCCACUUUUUGCCGCCCGUUCCAUCAACGGUCACGGCCAAGAACGUGGCAGCAUCCAGGCUGUAAUCCGCAACCCGUCCUUCACCGAUUCUGUCGAGUUCGUCUAUCUCGAGUCACUCCCUUGGUUCAUGAAGCCAUACCUGCACACGCUUCAAGCCCGUGUCGAUACCUCGCCCUCAAAUCCUAUCAAAGAAACCUACUACCGACCAGCCGUGGAUCGUCACCGUGGGACCCACCUCGAACUCUGCAUGGCUAUCCCUCCCGCGUCAACCCUCACUCUGACCUACGAUUUCGAGAAAGCGAUUUUAAGAUAUACGGAAUACCCGCCGGACGCAAACCGUGGCUUCGAUGUUGCUCCCGCUGUUAUCCGGCUCCUUUCCCCCGGCUCUUCAGGAAAGCAAGGCGUUUAUGUCCGAACAACGUCCUUACUGCUUCCUUUGCCGACCCCGGAUUUCAGUAUGCCUUACAACGUCAUCAUUCUCACGAGUACCGUGAUGGCGUUGGGCUUUGGCAAUAUUUUCAAUCUGCUCGUGAGAAGGUUCGUUGGCGCUGAUGAAGUUCAAACAAUGGGUGCCGGGGGGUUGCAAGGGGUUCUUCGAGGCAGGAUAACCAGGCUUCGGGCGAAAUUUACGACCGGUUAGAAGGUCUAGUGGUCGACGAAUGCAAAAUCAUGACAAAAUAUACCCCCCAGCACUCUCGCUUCCCUAGCCACCGUCUUCUUGUGAAAACCCUUGAUAAUGCGGAUACUUGGAAAUGCUGUCAUUUGUAAUAAUGCACCACAGGCACAAGCGGAACCACAGCUGCCGGACUUAACGCGUCAAUCUGCCGUCUCUCUACGCGUUCCUGCUCGCGCCUUCUCUUCUUGUGUCUCAAAACCCACACACAUAUGACAACAACGAUACCAAUCAGCGCAAUACCUCCACCGACUGAAACUCCAAUGACCGUCGCACUCGCACCCUUUCUUGACGAGGAAGAACUUGGAUUGGAUGUCGUGGUAGCAGAGAUGACGCUGGGCUGGCUGCGGUACAAGGUUGUCGGCAUCCCAGAGGAGGGAAUGAAAUAGUAUGUUGGUUCCGUAUCACCUAGGGACUUGAAUAUCGUACC